AUGACUACAAAAACCACACGUUCGACGCUGCAAGCUGUUAAUGUCUCAGGAAUGGCAAAUUAUGGAUUAUCCAUUGAUGAAGAAAUGCGUGAAAUUUGGGAGCAGCGUGAUCCCACUUUUCAUCAAGCGGAAUUGGAAAGUCUUGGAAGGGAACAACGAGAAAUUGUGACGAUGGACAACAGCGUUAGGGAUUCUCCUAUCAUUUUCGAAGAGGAAGAGGAACUUCCUAUUGUAGAAGAAGAUGAAGACACAAUAGAAAGUGGAGAUAUGAUUUCUGCCCUUUUUAGCGUUAAUAAUAAGAGAGCCAAGCGUACCCAGAGUAUAGAAGUGCACACUAUCAAUGUAAUUCCUCAACUGUCGGAUGUCCUCACUCAAAACUUCGGAAGAAUACUAGAAAAGCAUGAGCAGAUACAUCGAGACGGGGACGAAAGUGAAGAUCGAAGUGAUAUUCGAUCUUUUGCGGGCUAUCAUAGAGCGAUUGAAACAGCUGAACAGUUCCUUCAUUCUCAUCUGAAGGUUCUCCUCACUGUUUCCAUAGACGGAUUCGUUCCGAAAAGUUAUCAAAAGAAAACCGCAACAAUGCGCAUGAUUCUACCGUGCGAUUUCAUUGGAGAUGCGCUACAUGUAUGCUCAGAAGGGGAACAACCACAUCUUUCCGCGCCAGGCACAGUCGUUGUGGACAUAAACAACGCAAGCAACGUUUGGAGAAUCGAAGCUUCACCUCCAUUUCUGGAUACAAGUUUGGGCUUAAAAGCUGGCAAGUGGAACCCAAGGAAGAGAGAUGGGACGUUUCAGAAAAUUUCUCAUCUGUACCGAUUUUUACUGACACAGAUCACCGCGUCGCCAAGCGAGAUACAGGGAUACUCUAUGAGGAUCAACCGCAGGGCGGAGAGGUGUGAAGGUUUACGAAACUUACCCAAGCAGGUGGAAAACGCCUUAAUCGGAGUCGGAGUCGAUGUCCUCGGCUUUGGACGCCGGGAGCUAGAGGAUGGCGCCACAAAUCUUCAGGAAUCGACUUUUUUCAUAGGAUCGGGGAGCACUGAUGCGGAGAGGAAGGAAGCUUUGAGUAAGCUUCAACGGCAAAAAGCAGAGUGGAUGGGCUACAUGUACACGGCCCUCCAAAAAGCAUUACGGGACAUUCGCUCUUACACAUUUAAUGAGUACACGGGAUGGGUACCAAGCCCAAAGAAGCAGGCUAAGAGGACUGGAGAAGAAACGCAGAGGACUGUCAUGGAUGGCGACAGCAAUUUAAUCAACUCGGACUAA